CGACGAAUGUGCAACCAAUAGCCACAAUUGUGAUGUAAAUGCAAACUGCUCCAACACCAUGGGAUCUUUCGACUGCGCUUGCAAUCCUGGAUUCACGGGCAGCGGGAGAACCUGCGAAGAUAUCGAUGAGUGCAUCAGAAACGAUGUCUGUAUAAACGGAUUAUGCAACAAUCAAAAUGGAUCUUAUGAAUGCAACUGCUCCAGUGGAUAUGUCUUGAGCCAUUAUGGAGAUGAAUGCAUUGACAUCAACGAGUGCUCUUCAAAAUUUAGCAAUCCAUGUGUACAAGGAGUGUGCACCAAUAAAAAUGGAUCUUAUACAUGCCGCUGUUCCGCUGGGUUCAUGUUGAGCCCUGAUAAUAGUACUUGCAUUGACAUCAACGAGUGCUCUUCAAAAUUUAGCAAUCCCUGUGUACAAGGAGUGUGCACCAAUAAAGAUGGAUCUUAUACAUGCCGCUGUUCCGCUGGGUUCAUGUUGAGCCCUGAUAAUAGUACUUGCAUUGACAUCAACGAGUGCUCUUCAAAAUUUAGCAAUCCAUGUGUACAAGGAGUGUGCACCAAUAAAAAUGGAUCUUAUACAUGCCGCUGUUCCGCUGGGUUCAUGUUGAGCCCUGAUAAUAGUACUUGCAUUGACAUCAACGAGUGCUCUUCAAAAUUUAGCAAUCCCUGUGUACAAGGAGUGUGCACCAAUAAAAAUGGAUCUUAUACAUGCCGCUGUUCCGCUGGGUUCAUGUUGAGCCCUGAUAAUAGUACUUGCAUUGACAUCAACGAGUGCUCUUCAAAAUUUAGCAAUCCCUGUGUACAAGGAGUGUGCACCAAUAAAAAUGGAUCUUAUACAUGCCGCUGUUCCGCUGGGUUCAUGUUGAGCCCUGAUAAUAGUACUUGCAUUGACAUCAACGAGUGCUCUUCAAAAUUUAGCAAUCCCUGUGUACAAGGAGUGUGCACCAAUAAAGAUGGAUCUUAUACAUGCCGCUGUUCCGCUGGGUUCAUGUUGAGCCCUGAUAAUAGUACUUGCAUUGACAUCAACGAGUGCUCUUCAAAAUUUAGCAAUCCCUGUGUACAAGGAGUGUGCACCAAUAAAAAUGGAUCUUAUACAUGCCGCUGUUCCGCUGGGUUCAUGUUGAGCCCUGAUAAUAGUACUUGCAUUGACAUCAACGAGUGCUCUUCAAAAUUUAGCAAUCCCUGUGUACAAGGAGUGUGCACCAAUAAAAAUGGAUCUUAUACAUGCCGCUGUUCCGCUGGGUUCAUGUUGAGCCCUGAUAAUAGUACUUGCAUUGACAUCAACGAGUGCUCUUCAAAAUUUAGCAAUCCCUGUGUACAAGGAGUGUGCACCAAUAAAGAUGGAUCUUAUACAUGCCGCUGUUCCGCUGGGUUCAUGUUGAGCCCUGAUAAUAGUACUUGCAUUGACAUCAACGAGUGCUCUUCAAAAUUUAGCAAUCCCUGUGUACAAGGAGUGUGCACCAAUAAAGAUGGAUCUUAUACAUGCCGCUGUUCCGCUGGGUUCAUGUUGAGCCCUGAUAAUAGUACUUGCAUUGACAUCAACGAGUGCUCUUCAAAAUUUAGCAAUCCCUGUGUACAAGGAGUGUGCACCAAUAAAAAUGGAUCUUAUACAUGCCGCUGUUCCGCUGGGUUCAUGUUGAGCCCUGAUAAUAGUACUUGCAUUGACAUCAACGAGUGCUCUUCAAAAUUUAGCAAUCCCUGUGUACAAGGAGUGUGCACCAAUAAAGAUGGAUCUUAUACAUGCCGCUGUUCCGCUGGGUUCAUGUUGAGCCCUGAUAAUAGUACUUGCAUUGACAUCAACGAGUGCUCUUCAAAAUUUAGCAAUCCCUGUGUACAAGGAGUGUGCACCAAUAAAAAUGGAUCUUAUACAUGCCGCUGUUCCGCUGGGUUCAUGUUGAGCCCUGAUAAUAGUACUUGCAUUGACAUCAACGAGUGCUCUUCAAAAUUUAGCAAUCCCUGUGUACAAGGAGUGUGCACCAAUAAAGAUGGAUCUUAUACAUGCCGCUGUUCCGCUGGGUUCAUGUUGAGCCCUGAUAAUAGUACUUGCAUUGACAUCAACGAGUGCUCUUCAAAAUUUAGCAAUCCCUGUGUACAAGGAGUGUGCACCAAUAAAAAUGGAUCUUAUACAUGCCGCUGUUCCGCUGGGUUCAUGUUGAGCCCUGAUAAUAGUACUUGCAUUGACAUCAACGAGUGCUCUUCAAAAUUUAGCAAUCCCUGUGUACAAGGAGUGUGCACCAAUAAAAAUGGAUCUUAUACAUGCCGCUGUUCCGCUGGGUUCAUGUUGAGCCCUGAUAAUAGUACUUGCAUUGACAUCAACGAGUGCUCUUCAAAAUUUAGCAAUCCCUGUGUACAAGGAGUGUGCACCAAUAAAAAUGGAUCUUAUACAUGCCGCUGUUCCGCUGGGUUCAUGUUGAGCCCUGAUAAUAGUACUUGCAUUGACAUCAACGAGUGCUCUUCAAAAUUUAGCAAUCCCUGUGUACAAGGAGUGUGCACCAAUAAAAAUGGAUCUUAUACAUGCCGCUGUUCCGCUGGGUUCAUGUUGAGCCCUGAUAAUAGUACUUGCAUUGACAUCAACGAGUGCUCUUCAAAAUUUAGCAAUCCCUGUGUACAAGGAGUGUGCACCAAUAAAAAUGGAUCUUAUACAUGCCGCUGUUCCGCUGGGUUCAUGUUGAGCCCUGAUAAUAGUACUUGCAUUGACAUCAACGAGUGCUCUUCAAAAUUUAGCAAUCCCUGUGUACAAGGAGUGUGCACCAAUAAAAAUGGAUCUUAUACAUGCCGCUGUUCCGCUGGGUUCAUGUUGAGCCCUGAUAAUAGUACUUGCAUUGACAUCAACGAGUGCUCUUCAAAAUUUAGCAAUCCCUGUGUACAAGGAGUGUGCACCAAUAAAAAUGGAUCUUAUACAUGCCGCUGUUCCGCUGGGUUCAUGUUGAGCCCUGAUAAUAGUACUUGCAUUGACAUCAACGAGUGCUCUUCAAAAUUUAGCAAUCCCUGUGUACAAGGAGUGUGCACCAAUAAAAAUGGAUCUUAUACAUGCCGCUGUUCCGCUGGGUUCAUGUUGAGCCCUGAUAAUAGUACUUGCAUUGACAUCAACGAGUGCUCUUCAAAAUUUAGCAAUCCCUGUGUACAAGGAGUGUGCACCAAUAAAAAUGGAUCUUAUACAUGCCGCUGUUCCGCUGGGUUCAUGUUGAGCCCUGAUAAUAGUACUUGCAUUGAUCUCGACGAAUGUGCAACCAAUAGCCACAAUUGUGAUGUAAAUGCAAACUGCUCCAACACCAUGGGAUCUUUCGACUGCGCUUGCAAUCCUGGAUUCACGGGCAGCGGGAGAACCUGCGAAGAUGUGGAUGAGUGCACUACCAACACACACAUUUGUGAUGAAAAUGCAGAUUGUCUCAACGAUGUUGGGUCUCACACGUGCACCUGCAAUGUAGGAUUCACCGGAAGCGGAAACAAAUGCCGAGAUAUCAAUGAGUGUACGGCCAACACACACGAUUGUGAUGAAAAUGCAGACUGUGUCAACACUAUAGGGUCUUUCACGUGCUCCUGCCAUGCGGGAUUCACCGGAAACGGAGCCAAAUGCACAGAUAUCAAUGAGUGUACGGCCAACACACACGGUUGUGAUGAAAAUGCAGACUGUGUCAACACUGAUGGGUCUUUCACGUGCUCCUGCAACGCGGGAUUCACCGGAAACGGGACCGAAUGCACAGCGAGUAGACGGUCCCAGCAGAGAAAAUCCUCCCGCCGUCUGGUUGCAGUGGUUACAUCUGUUGUAGUCGUAUUUGUCGUCCUCCUCAUCGUUGGCAUCAUUAUUGCUGUUCUUUGUUGCAGACGACGGAAUUUGACCAAGCAAGGCCAGCAGGAACGUGGAUUAAAGAAGAGAGGUGAACAGAAAAACGUGUCUGAGUUCGACCAAAGGAAGUCUACUAGUAGUCAAGUGGGUCUGUACAAUCCAACAUUCACCAAUGGAUCCGCCCUGGAGGCUAAUCAGGAAGCAGAGUACACUGAGCUCGAAGCUAUCUAGAAUCAUUGUCAUCACUUGGGGUCCAUUCGUAAAAAUUAUAAUAACAGUCAAAAGCCACUGAAUCCCUUCAAUCUGAUUGGCUGAUAGAAAUUAUGCACUUAUAUGUAUAACAGGUUUUAAUGAAACGGGCCCCUUGUCUGGCAACAACAUCGUCAGUCAAGUUGUCAGAUCUGAGAAAAAACUGUAACUAGUCGCAAACUACAGGAUUUGUCAGCUACAUUCGACAAAUGCUGCCCAUGGGUGUGUAUUGUACUUUUGAAACCAUUUUUAAGCAAUAAUUUUAUACGAUGAGUAUUAAGAGUAAUGGUGUCAAUAGACAUAUGGGCGAAUUUAAUCCGAAUGAAAAAAUAUACAAAACACAUGAAAAAAAGACACUGACAAGCAAAAUUUUGACAUAGGCAAUGUCAUUUUUUUUUCGAAAUAUGUAAUACAUUGGCCAAUGGGGAGUUCAAAUAGGAAACAGUUUGCCAAUGUUUAUCUGUAAAUUGCAAUUGAAACACCCCUUUUCAGUCAUUGCGAACGUUAUUCGAUGAACAAGAAUAAAAGAAAAUGCCAUUGAGAGCAGAGAGUGUUGGUAUCGCGGGGUUAAGCAAUCUUUCGUAAUGAGCAAAAUCUAACCGAAUAUUUGCCUGUAUGAAAAUGUACCGAAUUGACAUCCAAUCCAAUUAUACCGACAUAGAUUCCUCAAUUGGAAAAAAGUUUACUCACGAAGGGGGAACUUUCACUGAAAUCAAGUUGGUAAAAAAUAUGAUUGAAAGAAAAAAGGUUGAAAGAUGAGACCAGAAGAAAAGAUUGAAAAAUGAAACCCACCUAAAAAUACGGCUGUUCACAGGGAAUUAUCAACUUUUAACAUUGUGAAAUCAUAUGUUAUGCAAUCCGUAAGAAAUGUUUAGAAUUUCAAGCAACGUUGUUGAUGCGCAUCACUUAAUAUACAUAUUUAAUAAACAUAUUUAGUAUACAUAUUUAAACAGUCAAGCUGUUAACAAUUGUUACAAAGUUAAACGAUAGUUAUUAGAGAAACGGGCUUAAACAGUGUUGUUAACAAUUUUAAACAUCGUUUUACAUUGGAAUUUAAAAUGUAAGUAUACUGCAAAAACACCGGUGUUAAUUUAACACCAGCCUGGUAUCUAUAUCGUUCCACACCAGAUAGGAGUUGAAACAAGACCUGUUUGGCGUUUGGCUAACACCAAUUCGGCAUUUAAGCAACACCCAUUAGUGCUAAACCAAUAUCGGUUUGAUUAUAAAAUAGUGUUGUUUCAACACCUCUCUGGUAUGGACCGAUAUAGAUACCGGGCUGGUGUUAAAUCAACAACGGUGUUUUUGCAGCGUAUAUUUCUUUUUUUAAUAGUUCGAUGGAUCAUGGUGAUGACUUAAAACGUUUUCUAUUAAAGGGAUCCGAGUAUGAAAUAAAAUAUUUUUCUAGGGUGGCACUCCCCUUUAUAUGGGAGAAGAAACUAAUAAAUAUAUUGAAUUAUGUUUGCCGGAAACUAAGGAAUUUAACAAUUGAAUUUAUUAAUCGUAAAUAAAACAAUUUUCAAGUACAUGUUAUACGGAAUAACUUAUAAGUUUGGUAAUCCUUCUUUUAUUGUUACUAUUUAUUCGUUAUCAAUUGAUCACUUUUUUCACAUACAUUAAUAGCUGCAGUAAAAGUAAUGAACGCUUGAUGAGAUGGAGUAACAGCAAAUAAAAUAUCUUUGAACAAGGUUAAAAACCGCCAGCAGAAAGUAUGUCAGGCAUGCACUUUGCUCAACAUCUCUUGCAAUUGUGUAGACAAAUGAUUCCCGCAUGACUCCGCAUCUAUAGGUUAUACAUAAAGGGAAAUAUGCUUUUGUGAUGAUAAUUACUUUUUCGCCGCAUCUUGGUCUGGUUAUAUGUGUAGUACAUAAUUCGGAGGCAUGCGAAAAUUAACUAUGCAAUAUGUCCUGAAAUAUGACUCAAAUUUGCUCGAUUGGGCAUGUGCGGGCACUCAUCUGCCAUAUACAGUAAUGAAUAACAAUAUUCCACCGACCACAUUGGAAAUUUUCAUUCGCCGCAAACGAUCGGAAGUGUUAAAAUCUGGUUACAGUAAAGGUCAAAUUCUUUUUUCACUAAUUAAAGGUUAAUUGAUAUAAUAUGGGCAAAUAUCUCGUCGUAAUAGUGCUUGGUUAUUGAUGUUUUGUCAUGCAUUCCAAUUUCAGUUUGUUUAUUAAUAUGAAACAUAAAAAAUUGAUACAAAUGAAUGUUCGUAAAAUUUCACCCCUCGGAUUUCUUCAUUGAAACUGGCGGCUUCGAAGGCGGACAUCAAAAAGGUCCUUAUUGCCGUUCUUUCUUUUGUGCUUCUUUAGAAAUGAACAGCUGCUUGAAUAAAUUUGUUGCCUGUUGGAACUCCAGUCAUAGAAUCUUCUUGAUCAUACGUGUCUAUAACCAAUUCUAGGUUAAUAUACAAUUUUAUCCAUUAUGUUAUGUAUUUUGGGAAGUUUCUAGUGCUUUAGUAAUUUUGUGGAAAGGUUGUUCAUAUCUAUAUUGAAUAUAAGGAAUUAAGGUACAUGUCGUAACGUAAUAUAUCUACUAUUAAAGGCUUUGUAUAUUAAA